UUUAUAAUAGCUCUUAUGCCAGUGACUCGGGUCUUUCCCGAUCCCGGUUCUUUCUUUUCACGAGAGUGGAGAGAAAUUUGGUAGCUGUGUAUUCAUGGCGACGAACACCGGCAUGGACGAAGACGAGGAAUUCGUAACUCUAAGGUGUAUGGAAGACGACGUUGAAGGUGACGCGGAAGAUGUGAUUUCCAUUUCAACCGCUGACAUUUACAGAUGGGACUUGACUUCCAUUCUCACUCACAGAAUCGUCCAAAUCAAAGCCAAUCGAAACAGGAUCAUUCAAAUGUCUUCCUAUUUUAGCGGUCUCUUAUCUGGAAGCUUUAGUGAAUCUUGCCUGGAUUUGGUAUCAAUUCAUUGGAACGCACAAUCAUUUUUUAGUGUUUUGAGGUUCAUGUUUGGAUAUUAUGUGGAGAUCACCUCUGAUAAUUUUAUUCUUCUCUAUGAGGCUGCUCUAUUUUUUGGAGUGGAAUCGCUGCUCUUGCAAUGUCAGCUUUGGUUGAGUGAAGUAACAUCUUCCAAGGACCCAUUGACUCCAAAACUACAAGUAGAUGCUUUGAUCCGUGUUUGGAAUUAUGGUGUAGAGCAUGCAAAUGAUUUGAUUCUACAUCUUUGCACGAGUUAUCUAGCAAGGAACCUCAAAUGGGCAAUGUUGUGUGACUCUUUUUUGGAUGUUCCUUACCAGUUACUAAAUACAUGCAUUCAACAUCCCGAAUUGACCAUAGAUAGCGAGAAAUAUCUUUGUGAUGCCAUUCUUCUUUGGCUUGCUGCUAACAUCCGAAAAAAGACUAUUGAAGAUGGUUGCACUGGCAUGUUGCGACAGAUACGGUGUAAUUGUUUGCCUCUGUGGUUUCUUGCUGGUAAAAGAAGAUGCUGCUUCUUUGCAGAGUUUGCUGAUGAAAACGUUGAUGCUAUCCUUCAGCUAGCUGGACAUCCUUCUGUCGAUGUGGGAAACAUAUGUGCAGAUUGUGAUUUGAGUUGUAUGCAAAUUCGAUUAACAGAAUUUACUAAGAAGGUGGAUCUUUCAGGUUGCCCGCAAAUUAGGCCUAUUCUGCUCUUGUCAUUACUUCCUCCUCUAUACAGCAGGGAUAUAAUGGAAAGAAAAAAAUUUAAGCGACCUUUGCUCAACCUUCAAUAUCUCAAUGUGGAUCACUUGCCAACUUUGACUUUUGAAGCUGUAGAAGAGGUGGAUAUUUCAAAUUGUCCAAUGCUGGAUCUUGAGGAUGCUCUCAAGUGCUUCUCCAAGUCCUUUCCAUCCUUGAGGAAGCUAAGGGCCGUAAAUUAUGUAGACUUUGGAACUGAGAAGUUGAUUCGCUUGUUGGCAAGAUUUCCUCUUCUGUGCAACAUUGACCUAACAGUGGAUGUUAGCCCUCUUAUACCUGCAAAAGUAUCCGUUGUAUCUUCACAACCUGCUCUAUCUCCCCUAGGAUCAAGAGAGUUCCCAAAUGAUGAUCACUGCCCUUGGGAUGCCUUGUUGAGUAACAUGUCCAGACGACAACUUUCAAAUAUCACAAGGCUCACAUUGCAGGGCAGAAGUGAUAUUGCUGAUUCUGACCUGCGUAAGAUCACCAAAUCAUGUGCAUCCCUCUGUUACCUUAACCUUAAUGGUUGUAUGUCAGUAACAGAUUCUGGCAUAUCUUUUGUAAUACUAAACUGCAUUUUGCUUCGCUCAAUCUUGGCUUGUGAUACUUAUUUUGGGCAAGAAUCAAUCUCGGCGCUUUGUUCUGGUGUUCACAACCUUGAGGACCAUGUAGAGCCACAAGCUAAAAAACCCUUGCACUCGUUUGCUUCUAAGUUCCAUACUCUACAUAUAGGUGGCUGCAUGGGGGUCAGUGAAGCAUCUCUUUCAGAACUUCUAUCUCAAACUCUUAUGAUAAAGAGUGUAUCUUUAAGGGAAACCCACCUUGUGGAUGAUGCUCUCGAUCGCUUUCCAGGAUGUUCCUUGGAGAUGCUAGAUAUUUCUGAAACCAAGGUUUCUAGCCUUGCUCUUGCUCACUUAAUCCAUCGAAAUCCUGGUCUGAAAUGCCUGAAAGCAAGAGGCUGUAAGCAUUUGUCACUGAAUUUUAUGGAUGCUGAAGGCAGAGAGCCUUCUAACUUGGCAUAUAGUUCGACAGAGUUGCAUUCUGAACUUGGCAAGUCGUGCCAGUUGGAGGAAAUUGCAGUUGGAUGGGGAUUUUCAUUCUUUUCUUUGGAGAGCUUGAAACCUGCAAUUAGAUCACUGCGGACAUUGGUAGUUGGUUUAGGUGGGUCCUUGGGGCAUGAUGGGCUCAGACUCUUACCUGCUUUCUCUCCUUUGUUAGAAACGCUGAUGAUUUAUUUCCAGGUGAUAUCUGACUCUCUUGUGAUCAACAUUAUGAAAACCCUUAGAAAACUGCAAGUACUGGCUCUCUGCUAUUGCUUUGGUCAGAUUUCCUCACUAAGCUUUCAGAUCAGCAUGCCAAAUUUGAGGAAUUUGAAACUUGAAAGGGUUGCAGCUUGGAUGACAAAUACUGACUUAAUUAUUCUGACUCAAAAUUGUCCAAAUUUGGUUGAUCUUUCAUUGCUUGGAUGCAGACUUCUUAAUCCAGAAUCCCAAGAUAUCAUUUCAUGUGGCUGGCCAGGUUUGAUCUCUAUGCAUCUUGAGUAUUACUACGGAGGAGGAACACUCCCUCGUGUUGCAAAAACAGUACUUGCUAACAGAAUCAGGUCUUGCCUCAUUUUUCUUUUUCAUUAUUGGAUGUGCCUUGGACAUUGGCAUUAUUGUUAAAUUCCAUAUUUACAGUUUUGGUGGUUUGUAGAUCCGUAUUUUAUAAAUUUUCUCCUGACUGCCUUGUUAAGUGGUUGUGAAAGUUUCAAGGUUCUUGUAGCUUCAAAAGUGAGUGCCCACAUUCGCCUUUCUAAAAUAUAUGUUGCCAUAGCUCUGUAACGAUUUAGUCCCUUCUGGAAAUGAUUCCUCUCACCUCUCACCUCUCCCUGCACCCCCUUCCCCCAGCCCAAACAAAAAGAAAGAAAGAAGGGGUUUUAUGUCCCAAGGCUCCAUUAUCCUUAUCAUAGAUGGGCUACAAGCCUUUUACAAUGACUGUCGACCUGGGAAUAUGUUGGUACAAGAGGGAAACGAGAUCUAAGCAAUCACUUGUUAAGCUUUUUCCUUUGCCGGCUUUAGGUUUUAUUUAGUUCAGUCAUUCAGAUCAUCCACUUGUUACAGCCUCUGUGACUGCAAUUCUUGAGCACAAAUUGCACAUUACUGGUAGUGGAACAUUUUGGGGGAUGUGAUCUUUCUAUAGCAGCUAUAUUUCUGUUCAAAAAAUUUUCCGCCCAAAGCAUUUUACAGAAGAAUCAAUGGCAAGAAGAGACAUUAGGUUACCUAUUUUUGAUGACCUGGGGUCCUUUAAUGCUCAAAUAUCAUUCAAAAGUCUGCAGAGAGUUCCAAAAUUCAUUAUUGACCUCUCAAGGUGUUCUCUCCUCUUUUUGCUUUUUCUAUGGUGACAGGAAUGUUUUUACUGGUUCUGUCAUAAUAAAUAAACUAUUCAUCAAUUUCUAAACUUAUGUGGCUCUCAGUAACUGCCCCUACUGCCUCUCAUGUUCAGCAAUUCUUAAU